UCGAUUCUUGUACAAGGAAUUGAAAAUUUUAAAAUUAUUUUAUCAAAUUCUUGCAAAUCUUUUCCUUAUUUUGUCAAAUUCUUUGAAAUAUUUUCCAUUUCUGAAUUCCAUUUAUUCCAAUCACUAGAUUAUAGGAUUGCAAAUCAAGAUUUUCCCCCCCGGCCAGAUUCCUUCACUCCAAUCAGAGUCUAAAGAGAAAAAGUUAAGACAGUUUGGUUUGUGUAGAAGGAUGUCAAGUACAUGUCGCCUAAGUCUCUCUCUACGCUCUUGAAAGGGUUCGCGCCAAUUAAGAGAGUUUUGUUUGAUUUCCGUACCAACUACCACUCCCGCUCCUUCAACUACCUUUUGAAUUGUUGUUCUUCUCUACCAGACCUUAGUCGAAUCCAUGCUUUGGUUGUGACAAAUGGGUGCGGUCAAAACCUCCUCCUUUCAACAAAGCUUAUCACCACGGCAUGCUGCUUGGCUCCGACAAUGGACUAUGCUCGGAAGAUGUUUGAUCAAAUGCCUAAAAGGGAUGUUUUCCUUUGGAACACCCUGAUUCGGGGUUAUGCGGAUGCGGGUCCAUGCGAAGAAGCUUUGGCUCUUUACAGUAACAUGCAUGGUGCUGGGUUGUUUCCCGAUAACUAUACUUUCCCUUUUGUGGUUCGGUCUUGUGCGGUUUUGUCGGCUUUGAGGGAAGGGAAGGAGGUUCAUUGUAACAUAGUCAAGCAUGGGUUUGAUUUGGAUGUGUUUGUGCAGAGCUCUUUGGUUGCUAUGUAUUCUCAGAGUGGAGAGACUUUGGGGAUGGAGCUGGUUUUUGGUGAAAUGGUUGUAAGGAACAUUGUUUCUUGGACAGCGGUGAUUGCGGGUUAUGUGCAAAACCGGUAUUUUAAAGAGGGGUUGGGUGUUUUUAGGGAGAUGGUGGGGUCAGGGACUCAGCCGAAUGCGGUUACACUUGUGAGCGUCCUUCCUGCUUGUGCUGGUUUAGAGUUUUUGAAUUUAGGAAAGUUGAUUCAUGGGUAUGGCAUUAAAUUGGGCGUGGAUCCAGAUGUCUCACUGACGAACGCUUUGAUUGCAUUGUAUGGUAAGUGUGGGAAUGUUGAGACAGCCAGAUCCUUGUUUGAUGGGAUGGUGGUUCAGAAUCUGGUGUCUUGGAAUGCCAUGAUUGCUGCUUAUGAACAGAAUAAUGCUGGUGCUAAUGCGGUCAAGCUCUUUCGAAGGAUGCAAGCUGAAAAGGUAGACUUUGACUACAUUACGAUGGUUAGUGUUAUUUCGGCAUGUGCUAGUUUGGGAGCCUUAAAUACUGGAAGGUGGAUACAUGAGCUUGUCAAAAGAAAAGGCCUUGAAAUCAAUGUCUCAAUCACAAAUGCACUCAUCGACAUGUAUGCAAAAUGUGGAAAUAUAGAUUUGGCCAGGGAAGUUUUUGAGAGGUUACCUUGUAGAAGCGUUGUAUCUUGGACUUCAAUGAUAGGAGCUUGUGCGUCUCAUGGGCAUGGGGAGGAUGCCCUCAAGCUCUUCUCACGAAUGAAGGACGAGGGAGUUAAACCAAACAGCUUCACCUUUGCUGCUGUUUUUACUGCUUGUAGACAUUCAGGACUUGUAGAAGAAGGAAGGAAGCAUUUUGAGAGCAUGAUGAGAGAUUACUCAAUCAUGCCUGGUGUAGAACACUGUGCCUGUAUGGUUGAUCUUCUUGGUCGAGCAGGUUCUUUGAUGGAGGCUUAUGAGUUUAUUGAGAAGAUGCCAGUUGAACCAGAUGUGAGUGUUUGGGGAGCUCUGCUUGGUUCUUGCAGAAUUCAUAGCAAUCUUGAGCUUGCUGAGCUGGUGGCAGAGAAGUUGUUCCUAUUGGAUCCUCAAACUGUUACUUUCUAUGUCCUUAUGUCAAAUAUUUAUGCUGAAGCUGGUAGGUGGGAAGAUGCAGCUAGAUUGCGGAAACUAAUGGAGGAAAGGGAGUUGAAAAAGAUACCUGGUCAUAGUUUGGUUGAGGUAAAUCGGAGGUUCCAUACAUUUCUAUCAGGUUCAAGGUCUCAAUCCUCUUUGAGAGGCUCAAUCAACUAGAUUAUACUUAUGUGAAGAAUUGAUUCCAAAAACUUGAAAGGAAUGCAUAAUCAGAUGAAGGAUUUUGGUUUUCAGGAGUGUGCAAAGCAAUCAGGUCAUACAAUUCUGGGUACAGCCUCUAUAAAUCCCAUCAGAAUGGUGAUAGGAAAUGUUUCCUUCAUUUUGUUGAAAAGUUGAAGAUUCAACCAAUUCAUUUAUUUCUGUACAUUUAUUGUAGCACAUCAAAUGUUUUUACAUAAAAAGGAGAAGGUUAGGACUCAAAGAUA